UUCAUAAUGGCGUUCACUGGAGGGCUGGACACCAAAGGCCUAAGAUGGGUUGGAGAGAGAGUACAGUCUGCUGUCAACAACUUAAGGAAAGGAGGGGCCUUCGGAUUGCCUUCUUCAUCAGUACCCGUGAAUGGCGACGAAAGCGGGUUUGGUUCAGACGUGGAUGGGAAUUGUGGAAGUAACCGAGUUGGAUGUCCUGAAAUUAUAGAAGUUGAAUUGUCUGAUUCAGAUACGAGUUCUGAAUUUGCAUUUAGCCAACCGGAAAGGAACAAUGAUGGUGCCCCGAGACGGCCAUACAAUUUGGAUGAUUAUUCUGCUAGUGUUACUUUGCAGGCAAAUAUGGAAACAAGAUCCAAGCAUAAUCAGGUGGUGCGGGAUCGUCUGGCAGCACAGCUGAAGAAGAAUAUUUCUAAUAAUAAUCCCAGUGCUCCUGUUUUGGAGAUUGAGUAUGCUGAUGAGCCAAGUUCACCUCUUAGAGCACGUGACACAAGUCACUCUUCAAAUUGGAUUGUUCCUGCAAACACAAAUGGUUCAAGAAAAGCACAAAAUGUCUUUUCUGGCAGCUCUAUACACUAUGCUUCCAGCAAUGGAAUUUCUAACUCACCAAUCAGGACUUCUGCUGGUGCACAAGUUCACGGAUCUCCAAUUCGUUCACCUGCUCGCCUACCAGUAUUUCAUGCAAGUGUGCAGGGUACUUGGUGUGCGGUAAUCGCUUAUGAUGCAUGUGUUAGGGUCUGUCUUCAUGUGUGGGCACAGUCUUGUUGCACUGAAGUUCAAUGUUUCUUGGAGAACGAGUGUGCACUGUUGCGAGAUGCAUUUAGAACGACGACCUUCACAGCUACUCAGUAUGUCAGCAGCUCCAAGACAUCUGAAAACUUCUGGCAGAAUAAAAGUGCAAGGUACUUGGUUAACUUGCUCAUUUUACUUUUCUGUCAAAAUGUUUUGGUCGUCACCAUCUCAUUGGAAUUUCGGCAUUCUACAGUUCGUAAAGUGAAAAUGGAUUCAGAUGAACCACCUUCUGGCUGCAGUUUCCCAUCUCCGAAACUACCAAGGAUACCACCUUCUGGCUGCAGUUUCCCAUCUCUGAAACUACCAAGGAUACCACCUUCUGGCUGCACUCCAAAACUACCAAGGAUUGAUUAUGGCUCUUAUCGUAGACGCUUCUCCAGUUUAAGAUCAGAUUUAUCUUCUGGGUUGAAAUCUACAAGGAAACAUUAUCUACAACCUCGUGUUCCUCCAAAUGGUUCCUUUUCUCAUCAAAGCUUAGCUAGCCUAGAGGCUGGAGGGAAACGUAUAAAACAAGUAUCUAGCUUCCUAAAAACAAGGACAAAUACUUUGUGCAACCGUUCUUCAUCGUAUGAAAUAGUGCAAGAAACUUAUUCCUGCUUCUUGAGAUUGACAAGUUCACCUGAAGAGGAUGCAAUACAGAUGCAACCCGGAUCAAGUGAAAUCCGCGUGUUGUUUCCACAUAGCAAUGGUGAUGAUUUGAUUAUACAAGUUCAAAAUUCCAAGGGACAACAUUGUGGUCAUGCCUUAGUCAAAGUGACUGCUAUUGCUGAACCGGGUGACAAGAUACGAUGGUGGCCUAUAUAUAGUAGUGAUCUAGACGAUGAACCUGUCGGCAGAAUACAAUUAAGCAUGAAGUAUUCUAGUAGUCCAGAUGAAAAUAAUAAUCUUAAGCAUGGCUCGAUCGCAGAAACUGUUGCAUAUGACUGUGCAUUAGAAGUUGCAAUGAAGGUUCAACAUUUUCAGCAAAGAAAUUUGUUGUUACAUGGCUCAUGGAGCUGGUUAAUGACUGAAUUUGCAUCAUACUAUGGAGUAUCCAAGACAUACACCAAUUUAAGAUACCUUUCCUAUGUCAUGGAUGUCGCUACACCUACCAAAGACUGUCUCACCACAGUACAUGAUUUGCUAUCAGAUGUGAAGGCCAAGAGCACAAAUCUGUUAAGUUAUCAAGAGAACUGCAUGCUGGCAAAGAUCGAGGAUCAAGUAAAGAAGACUCUUGCUUCAGUUUUUGAGAACUACAAGUCACUUGAAGAAUCUUCACUGUCAGGGAUGGUGGAUUGUUUUAGGCCUGCCAGUGGAACGGCUGCGCCUGCUUUGGCGCCUGCUGUCCAGCUAUACUCACUUCUUUAUGAUAUUUUGAGUCCUGAGGCACAGUGGAAAUUAUUCAAAUUUUUCCAGGUCGCCGCACAAAAGAGGUUAAAAAUGCACUGUGUAGAGAUAGAUGAGCUGGUUCUAACCAGUAAUGAGGGAACACAGAGAGACCUUUCUACAUCUUAUCAGAAAAUGAAAUCUCUGAUUUUGGGUCUUAGAAAUGAAAUUCUGACUGACAUAGAAAUCCACAAGCAAGGUAUCCUCCCAAGCUGUAUAGACCUUCCAAUAAUUUCUUCAUGCAUAUACAGUUUAAACCUCUGCAAUAGAUUGCGUGCUUUCCUUGUUGCAUGCCCUCCUCGAAGCCUAUCGCCUCCAGUUGCAGAACUUGUUAUUGCAACCACAGGAUUUCAACAGGAUCUUUCUUUGUGGAACAUCAACCCUGUUAAAGGUGGAUUUGACGCCAAACAGCUGUUUCACUCGCAUAUAACCACGUGGAUUCAGGACAAGCGCCGUCAUUUGCUUGACCAGUGCAAGCUAGAUAAGGGAAAAUGGUCUGGUGCCAGAACACAACAUGGAACAACCCCUUUUGUUGAUGAUAUGCACAAUGAGCUGAAGAAAAUGCUCGGUGAAUUCAAAAUUAUCAUUAGUCGGUGGCCAGUAUAUACAUCUGAUUUGGAGAAUGUUAUUGCCGAUGUUGAGAAGGCAAUUGUGGAAGCUUUGGACAAGAACUAUGGUGAUGUUUUGUCGCCGCUGAAGGAUAAUAUGACAAACAAAAUAUUAGGCUUCAAAUACGUCCAUAAAUUAUCCGGACAGGGCGGGAACAUGUAUUCAGUCCCAAAUGAGUUGGGAAUUCUUUUUAACUCCAUGAAGAGGAUGUUAGAUGUCUUGUGGCCCAAAAUAGAAAGCCGGUUGAUGUCGUGGAGCUCUUGCAUCCCUGAUGGAUAUGCCAGAGGAGUACGUCUACAAGACGAAGCUGCGAUGCUCAGGACCAAAUUUAGAAGCUACCGAUUAGCAGUUGUGGAGAAACUUGCUGAGAAUACUAGAGUUGCUAGUAAAACAAAGUUAAAGAAAAUUAUUCGAGGCUCGAAGGGCAAGGAAUCAGUUGUCCCAAGUAGAAUGCAGGCUUUAGAGGUUCUUUUGCUAGGGACAAUAGAUCAUCUCCACACUGUUUGUGAUCCUACUGUGUUUGUAGAACUCUGCCGAGAGUUAUGGGACCGGAUGGGACAGGAUGUCCUGCAUCUGUUGGAAGAUAAAAGAAAGAAGGCGGUGUCCCGGUGCAAAUGCUUGCGAGUUGCAGUUUCUAAGUUGGAUCACAUAUUUGCAUCAGAAAUGCAGCGACUGCGUGGAAAUUUAUUGAAAGAAAAAUACCUGGAGCCACCAGAAUCUAUGAAGGAAAUACAUUCCAUGUUGGAAGGAUGUUGAAUAUGACACGGAGAACUAAACUACUAUCGUUGAAGAAUGGCUGGUAAAUAGUAGAACUACAGGAUACAAGUUACAACACAAAAACCACAAAGUUUUGAACAGCAAGUAUUUGUCAAUUUUGAGUCAUAGUUUACGUACCGCCAUGACCUCCGUGGCGAUUCUUAUUGUCAGAAAGUAUGCUUACAAUAGGCUUGAACAACACAACACUAUCAUAAUUGAAUUGUAAUAGUUUUGUAUGGUUCA